UAUCUUCCCACCUGUAACGCUGUCUCCCCUGGUUAGACACCAAAUCCAUCCAGGACCAAAGAAUCACAGCACUAUAUUCCAGAAUGCCAUACCUCAGAGAAUUCAGCAGCAUUGACAAGAGGUUUUUCACCACCAAUCAGGCCUCUGGCGGAAACGGCGGAACGCCGUUCACGUACGUCAGACUGGACGAUGGAGCCAUCAUGACCAGGCUAAAAGCCUGGAAAGACGAUUGGCGUAUCCGUGGAGUGGAGAUGUGGAUGAGCGACGGGAAGUCUCACCUUGUUGGGAAGCGAUCUGGAGCUUCCAGCGAAUUCCGCUUGAACACCGGCGAGAAGCUGACCAAGCUCAACAUCCAAGCCAGCGGAGAGACCAGCUCUGGCGGGAAUCAUCGUCUCGGCGCCAUCUGGUUGCAGACGGACAAAGGGCGCGAUUGGGGAAUCUUCUCGAGAUGGUUGGAAGAGGACGGCCGUUACUGUCCGGAUAUGGGCUCUGGCAUCGUCUGCGGAAUGUUCGGUGCCGGAGGCGAGGACGUCGACAGUCUGGGGUUCGCUAUACUGCAUCCAAUUAAGCAGGCACGCUUGGUAGACGUCACCUACCCAAAUCUGGACACGGAAAUUGUCGCCUCGGUUCCGGAAACCGUCGUCCAGCAGAGGAUCACAAAUGAAUCUUCCGUAGAACAGACCUACACCCUGAAGGGUUCCCGAUCCGUCACCAUUACGCGACAGUGGGGCAUAACCACGGCUUUGGAGUUCUCUUUGCAGACAACGGUCUCCGGGGGUAUCCCAGGGGUUGCAGACGUCGGGGCCAGUUCAACCUGGAAGGUCACCGCGCUUGCCUCAUACGGUAGGUUCACAACGACAACGGAAGAGCGCACGUGGGAAUGGCCGAUCAAGUGCCCCCCAAACCGCCUUUUGUACGCCACAGGUACCAUGUACGCCGACUCUAUAGACACGGUGUACAAAGCCAACAUGCAGAUCGACCUUCAGAACGGCAACAGCUACAAGUACAGCGUGGAGGGGAUCUACGGCGGCAUGAAUGCUCGCAGUGGGUCAGUCAAGAUUGAGGACCUGGGCCCUGCACUUAAGCAGUUAACACUGGGAACGUCACGAUUUACGCAAGGUGACGGCACAGUGAAAUUGCUCAUGUGAUGUCCCUGGCAACUAUUCAGAUAGUUGUUGAAAUCGUUCGAAUGUGACUCUUUUGUUGUUUUUUUCUUUGUUGAUACAUUUCCCGCACUUGUAUGCACAUCUUGAUUUGAGACCAAACGAAGCUGCCUUGAAACCUGUAACUAAGGUAUAAACACCAAAAUGUGUUAUAAACUUGUGGUUUGAAAUGUAGAAUUUAUAGGGCAUACUGAUGUCAGGUGUGACCUUGUUUUUAAUAAGACCGUGUUAACAAAAUAAGCAAAGCCAUUAUCAAAAUCAUUCAAUUUUUAUGUUUAUACUUAUGGUUGCCAGUUAAGGUAUUUUAAUUGUUGACACUUAAUUUUG